AUGAUCUACCCAUUCGAUUCCCUUUAUCCACAUUUCAGUCUUGGGAAGGAUACAAGUCCACCUCCCCUUUUUGAAAGAGUCUUUAUCUUCACUCGAGAAAACAUUGCAAUACUAAAAGAAAAGGCGAACUCAAAGACGGCAAAAGAUGAUGGUCAUGCAAAUGUUACAAUCUCCUCUUUACAAGCGGUUUUGGCUCACGUCUGGGUUGCAGUAGUACGAGCAAGGUGUUUAGAUCCAAAUGAGGAGACUAGGUAUCGCUUAGCGAUAGGAACUACAGGCAGGUUAGAUCCACCGCCACCUGAAUCCUUCUUUGGAAACUCGGCUGUGUCUGGCGAUGCAACUGUUAAGGUGCAUGAACUACUAGAAGUUGGUGGGUUUGAGUUGGGAGCUUUACUAUUGAACAAGUUGGUCACUUCGUUUGACGGGGCAGCAAUUCGAAGCCAUUGGAAGGGAUGGGUUGAGAAACCUACAGUGAAAAAGAUGUCAAACUUAUUGGCAUCGCAGUAUACAUUGGUAACUGGGGGUUCUCCAAGAUUUGAUAUGUACGGGAACAAUUUCGGUUGGGGUACACCCAUUGCGUUGAGAAGUGGUAUUGUUAACAAACGUGAUGGGAAGAUUACAUCAACUCCUGGACCUAUUCCUGAUAGUAUGAAGCUUGCCUUUCUGCUAAGACAUUGA